UUCCACCGUGCUCUCGUCUAUGAUUUCUUCCCAAAUGGGUCACUGCAGAGAUUCUUGGCUCCACCUGAGAAACAGGAUGUUUUUCUUGGUUGGGAGAAGUUGCAACAAAUUGCCUUGGGUGUUGCAAGAGGAAUUGAGUAUCUCCAUCUUGGUUGUGAUCAUAGAAUACUUCACUUUGACAUCAAUCCUCACAAUGUUUCACUAGAUGACGACAUGGUCCCAAAAAUCACUGAUUUUGGACUUGCAAAGUUGUGUCCCAAAAAUCAAAGUACAGUGUCUAUGACUGCAGCUAGGGGAACCUUGGGCUACAUUGCCCCUGAAGUUUUCUCAAGGAACUUUGGUAAUGUGUCUUACAAGUCUGAUAUUUACAGCUUUGGGAUGUUGCUGUUGGAAAUGGUUGGAGGAAGAAAGAAUACAAAUGUAUCAGCCGAGGAAAGUUUCCAAGUUUUGUACCCUGAAUGGAUCCAUAAUUUGCUUGAAGGCAGAGACGUGCAAAUUAAUGUUGAAGAUGAGGGGGAUGUUAACAUUGCAAAGAAACUUGCCAUUGUAGGACUUUGGUGCAUUCAGUGGAACCCAGUGAAUCGUCCUUCAAUAAAAAUUGUGGUACAAAUGCUUGAAGGGGAUGGAGAGGAGUUAAUUGAACCUCCAACUCCUUUUUCUAGAACAAACAUUGUACCAGCAACACAUCAAAAUUUUGAGUUGGAAGUUAUCCAUGAAAUAGAAGAGUAACAUUGUUUAAACAUUUUUAGGUUUUCUCAAAUGUAAUAUUUUUUGGCAAGUAGGAUUAUAAGCAAAAAUAUUGUUGGAACUAAAUAAUGAUCCUUCCAGCGGAAAUAAAAUAGUAUUGACCAAUGCAUUUUACCAUUUCU